AUGGCCGCUCCUAUCACCUCCGUUCCUACCCAGGACCAGGUCCUCGUUCCCGAGACCCUCCUCAAGAAGCGCAAGAGCCAGGAGGCUGCCCGCGCUGAGCGCCGUGCUGAGGCCGAGGAGAAGAAGAAGGCCAACAAGGAGAAGCGUGGUGUUAUCUUCAAGCGUGCCGAGUCCUACGUCCAGGAGUACCGCAACGCUGAGCGUGAGAAGAUCCGCCUCGCCCGCGCUGCCCGCCAGGAGGGUAACUUCUACGUUGACGAUGAGCCCAAGCUGGUCUUCGUUGUCCGUAUCAAGGGUAUCAACAAGAUUGCUCCCAAGCCCCGCAAGAUCCUCCAGCUCCUCCGUUUGAUCCAGAUCAACAGCGGUACCUUCGUCCGCCUGACCAAGGCCACCCAGGAGAUGCUCACCAUCGUCAACCCCUACAUCGCUUACGGUUACCCCAACCUGAAGUCCGUCCGCGAGCUUCUGUACAAGCGUGGUUACGGAAAGGUUGACAAGAUGCGCACUGCCCUCACCGACAACCAGAUCAUCGAGGAGCACCUCGGCAAGUACGGCAUCGUCUGCAUGGAGGAUCUCAUUCACGAGAUCUACACCGUUGGCCCCAACUUCAAGCAGGCCAACAACUUCCUGUGGCCCUUCAAGCUGUCCAACCCCAACGGUGGUUUCCGCACCCGCAAGUUCAAGCACUACAUCCAGGGUGGUGACACCGGUAACCGUGAGGAGAACAUCAACGGUCUCAUCCGCCAGAUGAACUAG